AUGUUACCUCGCCAGAGGGCUUCAUUGAAUGAAGCAAUUGCUUUGCGUUCCAAAUUCAGCGAGCACCCAGAAGUACGAAAGAUCCUCAAAAGGCAUCAUCUUCCAAAGUCUAUUCUUCAAGCAACUAAGGAGAAGAAGGAAACAAGAGCUAAAGAGCGCCGCAAGGAACGGAAUCUUAGAGUUUUCACGAAGUUGGAUAUACCUUAUGUUAAGGAGCGGGAAAAGCAUACUAUUGGCCAAUUUAAGUAG